AGGAGAACAGAGCAGUUCAAGCUGGGAAGGUUUUUCUGUUUGUGAGAGAGGGUCUGUUCCUGUUUCUGUUUAUAGACGGCGCAUGCUGCUGGCCUCUUGUCGUCGACUCCGGCUCAAUGUUUGCUCGCUUCGUGGCGAAUGUUUGAUUUCGCAGGUUUUAGCGAGGCAGGGUUGGUUGGUUGCAAUGUGAUGUGAUCAUGCCUGAGUGAGAGGAGCCUGAUUUUCCGGCAAGAAUAUCUCCCUGGUGCUGACGUGGCAAGUUGGAGUCCGGGUCGCGAAUAGUAGGCGCGUCGAACCAUUAUGGCACACAAUAGCUGGGAGGCCGACAAGAUGCUGGAUGUGUACAUCUACGACUACCUCUGCAAGCGAGGCCUCCCGAAAUCCGCCGAGACGUUUCUCGCCGAGGCGAAGGUCUCGUCAGACCCCGUCGCCAUAAAUGCUCCCGGAGGCUUCCUUUUUGAGUGGUGGUCGGUGUUUUGGGACAUAUUUAUCGCACGGACCAAUGAGAAGCAUUCCGAAGUCGCGGCCUCCUAUAUUGAGACCCAGCAGAUCAAGGCGAGAGAGCUGCAGCGGCAGCAGAGGGCGCAGCAGAGGCAGCAGCUGAAGCAGGAGCUGGGCGCCCCCCCCCAGCAGCUUCCCCAGCAGGCAGCCCAGCAGGCGCUGAACCAGCAGCAGCAGCAGCAGCAGCAGCAGCAGCAGGGGAGGGAGGAUCCUACGCAGCAGGAUGAGCAGCAGCUCGCACAGUCGUUGCUUUCUGGGAUGCAGCAGCAGCCGCAAGCACAGAACCUGCACCAGCAGCAGCAACAGCAGGCACAGAUGCAGCCCCCACAGCAACAGCAGCAGCAGUCGUCACAGGCACCUCCCCCGCCGCCACCGCCACCACCAGCAACCCCCUCCCAGCAGCAGCAGCAGCAGCAGCAGCAGCAGCAGCAGAAGCAGCAGCAGCAGCAGCAGCAGCAGCAGCAGCAGCAGCAGCAGCAGCAGCAGCAGCAGCAGCAGCAGCAGCAGCAGCAGCAGCAGUUGCAGCAGCAGCAACUGCAACAGCUGCAGAUGCAGCUACAGCAGCGGCAGCUGCAGCAGCAGCGGAGGGAGGCGGGGCAGCUGGCAGGGAUGGGGAACGGAGCUGCGAAUGGCGUGGCAGGAGGAGGAGCGGGAGGAGGGGUCGGAGGAGUGGGAGGAGUGGGCGGAGGGGUGGGAGGAGGGGUUGGAGGAGGGGUGGGAGGGGUGGCGGGAGGGGUGGGAGGAGGGGAGGCGGGGUUGAGGCAGGCGGCGAGUGGGGUGCUGGCGAGCCGACUGUACGAGGAGCGGCUGAAGCAGGCGCAGCUGGCGCGAGGGGAGAGCGGAGGCAUGGACGAGGCCGCCCUCAGGGGCCGGAGUGAGUCCGAGCACCUGGCGACCGCUGGCAACGCAGCAGGCAUGUCCCAACAGUCCCUGCAGCAGCAGCACUUGCAGCAGCAGCAGCAGCAGCAGCAGCAGCAGCAGCAGCAGCAGAGUCAACAGCAGCAGCAGCCGGCCCAGUCACAGUCCCAGUCUCAGGGCAUGCCACAGCUGCCUCUGCAGCAGCUGCAGCAGCAGCUGCAGCAACUGCAGCAGCAGCACCAGAUGCAAGAACACGAGCAGCAGCAGCAGCAGCAACAGCAACAGCAGCAGCAACAGCAACAGCAGCAGCAACAGCAGCUGCAGCAGCAGAUGAUGCCCCCAGCAGGAGCUGGAUCCCCUAGCGUGAGCCAGGAAAGCAAGGCGGACGUGCAUGCGGUUAUGUCUGGGCGGGCUGGUUCGGCCAUAUCAGACAAUGCACUGGCGUCCAUGGCACAAGGCAUAUCAUCAGCAGCCAGGUCGGCUCAGCUGCAGCAGAUGAAGGGCAACUGGCCCGCAGGCCUCUCAAUCACACGUCUGUUCAACUCGCCGCAGUAUCAAAUGCUCUCGCCCCUCCAGCAGCAGCACCUGCUGCAACAGGCGCAGGCUCAGGGGCUCAUCACCAACGCAGGAGCGCUGGCAGGGCUAGCAGCCGCUGGGGGGGGCGCAGGAGGAGCAGCAGGGGCAGGCGGGGCAGGGGGAGCGGGGGGGGGAGUGGGAGCAGGGGCGGCGAGCAGCGGGGCGGGUUUGGGCGGCAAUCUGCCCGGGCGGGCGGCAGGAGGGACAUCUUUAGUGGGGUUUGGGGCGGGGAUGGCAUCUGAGAUAGAGAAUCGGCAGCUUAGGCAGUUGCUAAGCAAGGGGGUUGCGGGGGGGCCAGGCGUGGCUGCUGCGGCUGCUAUGGCAGCAGCAGCGGCGGCUGGGGUGAGGGGCGGAGGGGAGGAUGGGGGUGGGUCGCCUAGUGUGGGGUCGCCUGCUGGCAUGCUGCCGUCGGGUGCUGCUGCUGCUGUGGCGGCUGCGGCUGCUCUCAGUCGAGGGGCCUCGCCUCAGGAGCAGCAGGAGAUGAUUCUCAAGUUGCAAGCGCAGCGUGCGCGGGCGGCUCAGGGUGCCAUGGGCGGGCUGAUGGGCGCACAGGUGAAGCAGGAGCAGCUGCUGCUGCUGCAGCAGCACCAGCAACUGCUACUGCAGCAGCAGCAGCAACAACAACAGCAGCAGCAGUUGCCUCAGCAACAGCAGCAACAGCAGCAGCAGGUGAUGGGUGCGCCAGGGCAGCACAUGCAGCAGGAGGGGCAGCAGGGGGGGAUGGGGAGGCAGGGCAGCAUAAGCGGACAAGUGAGAGGAGCAGGGCAGCAGCAGCAGGGACAUGAGGGGAUGCAGGGUGGCAUGCAGGGGGGCAUGCAGGGGCCACAGGAUCAGCAGCAGCAGCAGAUGGGUGCGCCUAGUUCUGCAGCUGGUGCUGCUGCUGCUGCUGGUGGCGCCGGUGGUGGUGGUGCUGCUGGAGGGAGCGGAGGGGGAGGGGGUGGUGGCACAACAGCAGCAGGGGAGCAGAGCUCUAUGAGUGGCAUGGAGCCAGCGCCCAGCAUCACGAGCACAGGCACCAUCACCAAGAGGGGGGGAAGGCUAGGGCGGAAGCGGAAGCAGCCGGGGUCAUCAGGCCCUGCCACUAGCAACGGCACCACUGGCACCGCUGCUGCCCCCGCUCCUGGUGGUGGUGGUGGUACUGCUGGUGCUGCCGCUGGUGGUGCUGGUGGUACAGGGGGUGGUGGUGGGGGGGCUGCUGCUGCUGCCGCCGCUGGUGGUGGUGGCACUGGUGCUGGUGCUGGAGAUGGGGGGACAGCAGCAGGUCCGGGAGGGCCUGUGAAGACAGAGCCUCACACGCAGACACAGCCGGAGCAGCAGCAGCAGCAGCAAGCUACGGCCGAACAGCAGAAGCAGCAGGAGGAACAGCAGCAGCAGCAGCAACAGCAGCAGCAACAGCAGCAACAGCACCAGCAGCAGAGCCCCCAGCUAGGAUCCUCCCUCCCCCAGAUGCUACCUCCCCCGCUAGUCCCCCCUCUGCCCACGAGUUUCGGCAUGGAGGGGACCCUCUCAGGCGAGCCCUCCCCAGGGAAUCAACUAGUGGAGCUGGACCGGUUUGGGGUGGGCGAUGAUGGGUCGCUGGACGACAACGUGGACUCUUUCCUGUCCACGGACGAUGGCGAUGGCAGGGAGCCGCUGUUCUGCACGGGGAAGAGGAGCAGCAUGGGCAGCAUGGAUGGGAAAGGCUUCUCUUUCACGGAGUACGGCUGUCUGAGGGCCAGCUCCACCAAGGUGGUGUGCUGCCACUUCUCCCAGGACGGCAAACUGCUGGCCAGCGCUGGCCACGACAAGACGGCCGUGCUGUGGGAGAUGGAUUCUCUCUCCAUGCGGGCAACGCUGGAGGGCCACUCGCUGCUCAUCACGGACGUGCGGUUCAGCCCCAGCCUGCCACGUGUCGCCACAUCGUCUUUUGACAAGACCGUGCGCGUGUGGGACAUUGACAAUCCGUCCUUUCCUCUGCGCACGCUAGCCGGCCACAUGACCUCGGUCGUAUCGCUUGACUUCCACCCCGAGGACGAGGACCUUCUGUGCUCGUGCGACGCUGACGGGGAGAUCCGCUACUGGAGUGUCAACCAGGAGAUGUGCACCCGAGUGUUCAAGGGCGCCACCACCCAGGUUCGCUUCCAGCCGCGGGUGGGCCGGCUACUGGCAGCAGCAGCAGAGUCGGUUGUUUCCAUCUUCGAUGUGGAGACAGAGGCCUGCCUGCGCACACUGGAGCAACGGCACAGCAAGCCAGUGCACUCAGUGUGCUGGGACGCCACAGGGGAGUUCAUUGCCUCGGUGUCAGAGGACGCGGUGCGCGUGUACGCGCUGGGGCCGGGCAACGGGGGCGAGUGCGUGCAUGAGCUGAUCAGCAGCGGCAACAAGUUCCACUCGUGCACCUUCCACCCCAAGUACCCUUCGCUGCUCGUCAUCGGCUGCUACCAGUCAUUGGAGCUGUGGAACAUGGUGGAGAACAAGAGCAUGAUCGUGCAAGGGGCUCACGAUGGGCUUAUUGCAGCGCUCGCACAUUCCCAUGCGCGUGGGCUCGUUGCGUCGGCGAGCCAUGAUAAAUGUGUCAAAUUGUGGCAAUAGCAAUAUUUUUAUUAUUACUAUUGGCCGCAUGAUAAAUGUGUCUAAUUGUGGCUACGAUAUGUUUUUUGCAUUAGUAUUUCCGCGCGCAUGUUUGUUGAUUAGUAUGCCAUAUAAUGGCACGAAUAGAUGUUUAUGUUAGGUAUGUGUGCAUGUGCGUGUGAAUGUGUGAAUGGAGGUAUCGUUAUUCUUGCUUCUA